AUGGCGGAUAUCACCACGUUGCAAGAAAUACGCAAUUACAUUCCAGACCUAACAAAAUAUAUCUUUUGUCAAGCAAGACAACAUAUUUUAGUUUCUGGGCGAGGAGCUCCUGUAGUUGCAAAACAAAGCCCGAGAUGGAGAAUCGAUCUUAACCAGUUGGAUCACUUCUUGGAUUUUAUUACCAGUCCCUACAUCAUGCAGGAUUUACCAUUCGGUGAACGGUUUCUGAAAUUGUCGACUGGGGAAGUAGUGCAGACACCGAAUGUUAUCAGAGUAUCGGUCAGCGGACACAUCAUUGACACCAAUACGUACAGUAUUGCAACGAAACAGAGGUGA